AUGCGGCGGGGGUGGCCCGCCGCCGCCCUGCUGCUACUGCUGCGGCUCUUGGCGGAGUGCGGACAACGGCCGCUCUUAGACAGCAUGUCAGGAUCCCGGAUCGUAGGUGGACACGACGCUCAAAUCGGAGCGUGGCCGUGGUCAGUUAGCCUCCAGAUUCACCAAGCUGGUGUACAAUUUGUACACGUUUGUGGUGGAGUUUUAGUUAAUGAGAAUUCAGUACUUACCGCUGGCCACUGCGUUACAGGAAGGAAGGACCCACAUUCCUGGAGAGCUGUUUUGGGUGUGUAUAACCUUUGGAAACACGGUGAACACACAGCAAAAAGAAAUAUUAGAAGCAUCACUGUGCACCCAGAAUUCAAGAGAGAAACAUUUGAAAAUGAUGUUGCAUUAUUUGAACUUGAUUCCGCAGUACGCUACAGUGACUACAUUCAGCCUAUCUGCUUACCUCCUGCACACCUUUACCCGUACAUUGACAAUGAAACAGAAUGCUUUAUUAGUGGUUGGGGACGUAUAGCAGAAAAAGGUAAAACUUCGGCUGUGUUAAAAGAAGCACAAGUGGAAAUCAUUCCUUCUAGCGUCUGUAACAGUUCUGAUGCAUAUGGAGGUGUGGUUAACAACAACAUGAUUUGUGCUGGCUCUCGAUCAGGAGGCACUGAUACCUGUCAGGGAGACAGCGGUGGACCUUUAGCGUGCUAUCACCCUAGUACCAACAAAUACUAUCUCAUAGGGAUUGCUAGUUUUGGAGUUGGCUGUGGCCGACCAAAAUUUCCUGGGAUCUAUGUCCGUUUAUCUCAAUACAGAAGAUGGAUAAAAUCUGAACUUCUGUUGAGAAACAAGGCUGUGAAUCCUGUGAGCAUUACACUUACCAUCUUUCUGACUCUGAUACAUAUAGUACUUGUAGACUUUCUAAAGUGA